CUACAGGCUGAACCCAAAGAAGGGGUCAAGAACGAUGUGGUAGACAGCAGCAGUCUCUUGCGCAACCGCCCUCGCACUGAGAGAGAGCUGACAGUCUUCCUCGAGAAACGACCCAAGUCACUGGACGAAAUGCUCAGGCUGGUAGAGACAGGCGAUCGCAUUCAAUCCGAUGAACCAGGCGAGACAAUAGUGCCCAUCUACACCAACUACGGCGUCAACCAGCCUGUGCCGUUCUCGUGCACACCCCUUACGACAGUGGAAGACAUCAUCCGCACACUUUACGAGCGGAGAACCAUCCACACUGACGACAUGCAGGCAAUGCUACUAAGCCCCUACAUCGAUGUGGUUGUCCCUGCGAAGACCUCUAUUCUGUACUUUCGAGAUGAGGUGACUCUGCACUGCGUUAAACGCAAACGCAAGGCGUCUACCGAUGUGAUGAACGCGCACAUGUCCGCCUACUUUGCCAACGCCUCCAUAAGCCCUCCCAGCGGACCAGCCGAGAUGAACACCACUACCAACACACACACACACACGAACACAAACACGGACACGCACACAAACACAGACACAAGCACAGACACAAACACAAUCACAGACACAAACACAAUCACGAGCACAAUCCAUGCAGACCCCCUAGACGAUCAGACACCUUCUCUCACAAGCACGCCAAGCGAACCGGUACUCUUGGACACCGCGAGUGCGACGGAACGCGAUGAAGCAGAUGUCGUCAAUCACAAGACAGAUGAUGUGAUCGAAGAAGCAGAUGAUGUGAUCGAAGAAGCAAAUGUCGUCAAUCACAGGACAGAUGAUGUGAUCGAAGAAGCAGAUGAUGUGAUCGAUGAAGCAGAUGUCGUUAAUGCCAGGACAGAUGAUGUAAUGGCUGUGUCUAGCAUGAUCACGGUGUGUCUGAUGAAGCCCAAGGGUGUGAUGAAGGUGGCGCUCGACCGAGAGAAGGCCGGAGUGGUCUACAAGAGGUGGGGACAUGCGUGUACAUGUAUGUAG